AUGACAGCUUGCUCUGAUGCUGUUCGUCAACUGACGGACGGAAACUCAGUACCUUUUCACCGGAAUCGAAGUAGAUUGCCUCGGAAACAGCGUCAGCAUGAAUGUUCCAGUAAAGCCAAUCGACAGUUGGUCAAGAGGAGUCCGCCGUCGUCUUGUGGUGGAAUCGCCGCUGGAAUUUCUUCACCCAACACUUCCACUCGAAAUGGAAGUAAGCACAACCAGUACAGAGGUUGUUUGACCUUAUUUUCGCAACUUGGUCAUUCUUAG